CGCGGCGCUGGAUGCUGCGCGGGGCGCACGGCGGGGAGCCGGCGGGAGCGCGAGGCCGGCGGUGGCGGCGGCGGCGGCGGCGGGAGAGCGGCCGGGUGGUCUGAGAGCCAGCCUUGCAACGCCCAGCGGCCACUGGAGCCGCGGCAGGAGAUUCUCAGCCUGGCCUUUGAGAUGAUGGGACUGGGAAACGGGCGUCGGACCAUGAAGUCGCCGCCCCUUGUGCUGGCCGCCCUGGUGGCCUGUGUCAUUGUCUUGGGCUUCAACUACUGGAUCGCGAGCUCCCGGAGCGUGGAUCUCCAGACUCGAAUCAUGGAGCUGGAAGGCAGGGUCCGCAGGGCGGCCGCCGAGAGAGGUGCCGUGGAGCUGAAAAAGAAUGAGUUUCAGGGAGAGCUGGAGAAGCAACGGGAACAGCUCGACAAAAUCCAGUCCAGCCACAACUUUCAGAUGGAGAGUGUCAACAAGCUACACCAGGAUGAAAAGGCAGUUUUAGUGAAUAAUAUCACCACAAGCGAAAGGCUCAUCAGAACCCUGCAAGACCAGUUAAAGGCCCUGCAGAAGAAUUAUGGCAAGCUGCAGCAGGAUGUCCUCCAGUUUCAAAAGAACCAGACCAACCUGGAGAGGAAGUUCUCCUACGACCUGAGCCAGUGCAUCAAUCAGAUGAAAGAGGUGAAGGAGCAGUGUGAGGAGCGGAUAGAAGAAGUCACCAAAAAGGGAAACGAAGCUGUAGUUUCCAGAGACCUAAGUGAAAAAAGAGACCAAGGCCAGCAGCUCCAGGCUCCCAGUGAGCCUCAGCCAAGGUCGCAGGACGCAGGCCUGGCCCGGGCAGAGGUGCCGAAAGCAAAAGAAAACAUGCCCAGUAACGGUGAGCCCCAGACACCAGCCCCCAGUUCUGAGGCGGCUGUGGAUUUGAAGAGACAGGGUGAGAAAGAGGAAACCAAUGACAUUCAGGUCAUCAGUGAGGAGGAGCUCCGAAGGGACAGGCUGGGGCUGCCCCCUGAACCAGACCCAAAGCUGGCUGUGGAAGAAGACAGACAAGCGAGCGAAAGAGGCCUGGGGGGUGCUGGAGACCUUGGCCGAACCCCACAGGUACCAGCCGCCCUGUUGAUGAGCCAGGAAAAUCAGGAGGCAGAGGACCCUGAGCGGGACCAGCUCGUCAUCCGGGAUGGGCAGGAGGAGGAGCAGGAUGCUGACGAGGAAGGGAGAAACCAGCAAAAGCUGGAAGGAGAUGAUGAUUACAGCAUGGAUGAAAAUGAAGCCGAAUCUGAAACAGACAAGCAGGCAGCCCUUGCAGGGAAUGACAGAAAUGUAAACGUUUUUAAUGCUGAAAAUCAGAGAAGAGACAUGAUACAUUUACUUGAUGAGCGUGAAAAGAGGAAUCACACACUCUGAAUCAAACUGGAAUCACAUACCUCGUGUCAGGAUUGAACAGAGCUCACUACAAAAUAGAUCACGAAAGACUGAAUACUGUGAAAUGUACUAAGUAGAAUUUUCAUCUAAGGAUGAUUAUUGGGGAAUUUUAGUAUGUACUUUAUGUAGGAAAAUGAGAUUAUCUUUUAGACAUUUUGGGGGGUUACUUUUGAAGCAUCUGUAUUAAAGAUACUAAAAUUUGUUGGCUAAUAGGUAUUUCAUGAGAAGAUCAGCACCAAAAAUAGUUCUUCUUCAAGUAUAGU